AUGGCGGCAUCUUCGCAGACUCCCAUCACCAACGGGCAACAGCAAUCCCACCAUGACGAUAGCCAUUUCCAUCUCCCCUUCGUCGGAACCAACAGGGCAAAGGACCAUCUCACCACACAGUACAAUGGCAAAUGGUCGGUGCGAGAGAGAUUCCGGCGACCGGCCAUAACCGCAGACCAGCUUGAUAGUCGCAUGCGAGAGCUGGAAGAUGGCCGCGGCGUGUACAGAAAGCGACGGUAUCGGAAUCCUGAUGGCGAUAACUCGCACGAGAAGUAUCCCGACCUCGACACGUACUACAGCACCAAUAAGGAAAUCCCUCGCCGGCUCGCUGUGCAGGCGACCCCGGAAGCGCAUAAUGAUACUCGGCCUCGGCAUUGGGGUCUGCGCAAGAUCAAGGGUCACUCGCCGCUUAUCAUUCGGUUGGCGGACUUUUGCUUGAAUCCGCUUGGGUAUGAGUAUGAUGACGAAGGGGAAGAUUAUGACGAUGACGAAGAUGAUGCGAUCCCCCAUGAGAAACAGAAGGAGAAGAAGAGUUUGGGCCUGGUGAUGAAAGACCUUUGUCGACGGACCCUGCAUGCCCUGGCGUCGACGGUCUGCACGAUUCUUCUGGCGUGGAUCAUCCAGUUGAUGCUCUCUAUCCAGAUUGUCACCGCGCCAUGGACGGAUGACGGGUCGACCGAGCCGUACGCGGAAUACGAGAACGUGCAGUGGUACUGGCCUAAACAUGCAGUCAACCCGCUCGAUCAGGCGCCGAACAACGACAAGCCGCAGUCGCAGGUCGCCAGACUGGCGAUCCCUCGCCGCCUGGUGGUCAAAGACGCGGCCACAGGCCAGUGGGUGGCCAAGAAGACCAACGGCCUCCGUGAUCCGAAGACCGGCCUGCUCCCCCCGUACAUUUUCCUCAGUUUCUCGCGGGCGAAUUUCCUCGGCAAAUCAGACGAGGCCCUGCGGCCUUUUUUCGAUCGGGUCGCCGAGAGCCUGCUAGCUCAUGAGAAUGAGCACAGGCAGGAUGAAGUGCCCGUGCAGGCGUUCUGGGUGGACGUGUAUUGUGUCUCGCACGCAAGCGACGAGGAGAGGACCAGGGAUGUCCACACAAUCUGUGAUGCAGUUCGCUGUGCAAAGCGCGUGUAUGUGGUCCUGCCCAAUGACGAUCCGGAGCACAAGAGAAUGUGGGGUGCGCGCAUUUGGACUUUGCCGGAGGUUUUACUCGCUGCGGACAAAAUUCGAUAUUGUUUCUCGUCCCCACCAGCAGCGGGCGAAGGAUACGAUGGCCAGGUGACCUCAAGACCGCACGAGCUCACAUUGACCGAUAUGCUCGAGAGCUUCUGGCCCGGAUCCAGCCCCGAGUCGUGGAAGGACGACGACGAUGACGAGAAAGACCGCAGGCUGGAGCAGCAACAUGAAGAGGCGAUCGGCCACCUCAUCAACCAUUAUAGCAACUCCACCAAACUGAGCGAGUUGCAGCUGUUUACCUGUGCAGUCCAGGCCCUGGCGGAACGAGCCGAAGGGAAGUCGACCGAGGGCUACACAACGACCGACCUGGCCUACGCCGCCAUGGGACUGUUGGCCUAUCGAAUCAUCCCCAAUGCCUCGGACAACGCCUUUCAAGCCAUCGCUCGGCUCUCGCUGGUUAACGAUAGCAACCGCUUGCUAGAGCGCCUUGCCUGCCUGUGGCCGCACCCAGCAACGAAGAACGAUCAGGAACAGGACCUCAUUGUGGCCGGCAGCGAGGAGCUUCUGCGCAAUAUCGCGGAUCGCGAUCAAUACUCCGUCCAUCUCUGGGACAUCCAACCGAUGUGCGAUGUGGUGGGUAUCGGUGAUGACCCAUUCACGCCCACCGUUAUUCUGGACCGCUGUCGAGCGAUCCCCAUCCGGUGGAAGGAUUUCCCAAAAAUCAAAUAUGUCAAGGACCUCAAUGGUUUCCGUGCCACCGUAUCGCAGAAGAUCGUGUACUGCGGCGCUUGGUUCCUAGCAACCGGAUUCGGCCUCUUCGCAUCCGCAAUUGCGCUCCUCUUCUCGGUCAUGCCCUACUACAACGGCUACAAUAACAGUGACAAUCCCGCACCGCGGCGGCAGAACGAAGUCGAGCCGGCCAUGUAUCUCCUCGGCGUAGCUUUGUUCAUGGGCUGUGGAUGGGUUAUCUCGUGGUUUAGUCCGUGGGCGGUGCGACAGCUCUGCAACGGCGGGUACACGGGGGUCUCCUGCCAUUUGAUCGGGUUUGAAGGAACUAUGCCACUGGGAGAGAUCGAGAGGGCCAUCUGUGGCUUCGACAAUAACCGCUUCUCCUACGCUGCCUCGUCGACCAUCUUCUCCAAAAACCUACGCCAUGCCAAGGUACGAGCCGGCAGAGUCCCGGGCGAGGGAGGUUGGGCGGCAGAAGCCGAGCGCCUCGGAGUGCCUCCGGGCCACCGCCUGUUCACCAUCGUGGAUACAGGGAACUGGACCGUGUCGGUGAUUGCUGCUGAACGACCACCUGUGGUGGCCUUGAUCUGUGGCCGCGAGGGCGGUAUGCUCCGGGCCCUCCUGUGCAGCUGGCGCUUCGAGAACAACUGUCUGUACCGCGAGUGUGUGGUGCGCAUGCGGAGCUCGCUGGAGCACCUGGCCACACCGAAUGACUGGCUGAAGGUCAGCUUGGCUUGCCAGGGCGAUGUGGCUCGCACACGAGUGAAUCAAAAGCCUGCGCCCUCUCCUCAGAUUGCUGUUUAG